AUAUUCCCCACCAUGGGUGACAUGAAAACUCCAGAUUUCGAUGACCUUCUGGCGGCUUUCGAUAUUCCUGACAUCGACACGAACGAGGCCAUCCAUUCCGGCCACGAGGAAGCUGACGCUCACAUCAAGCAAGUCCCGGGGGAGCCGGGACCCCCUGACCACGUCCUCCCCCACACGGACAUCACCGCUGUCAGCGUGAUCGUGAAGAACACCGUCUGCCCCGAGCAGCUCGAUGCCCUGGACGGGCGCGGCAAAGAUGGGCACGUCAUCGGACCCCGCUUGCUGCAGAAUGGCUUUGGGGCCACCGAGAUGCCCAGGUCCCCCACCUCCAGGUCUGUGGAAGCUGUGGCCUCCUCCAACGGGGAGUGUUGGGUGAAGGAAAAAGGCCCCAAGCCCCUGGAUAUCUUCUCCCAUUUUAGUCCCGAUCCCAACGAAGACAACGCUACCAACCUGAUUGACAGACCCCGGGAGUGUAAGCCCAAAGAGAAAUCCCUCGCCGUGCCCUCCCUCUCCCCGUCCCCAACCCCAUCGCUGGACUGCAAGGAGCCCAUGGGAGAGAGCUCGGAGAGCCUGCCCCCGGCUUUCCCGCAGUCCUUCGAAGGAAGCCAGGCGGGGGGUGCAAACGGGUCCCCUCCUACCAUGCCCUGCAUCAAAAAAGAGGAGUCUGACUCGGAGGAGGUGGGCCGCGAAGCCAGCCCCAAGGGUUUGGCUGCAGCCUUGGGGGACAGUCCCUUGGAUCACCUGAAAUCGGUCACCGUUCGCUACUCCACGGAUGAUUCUCCCAUCGCCUCCUGGCCCGGUUCUGACCCAAACCUCGACAGCAGCGCCAGCAACCUUCCCGAAGUGAAACGCUCGCCCGCCAGCCCCCGCGAGCCGUUCUUCAAGUCUUCCUCGCCGGUGGUGCAAAGCCCCAGGCUCCCCACUUCUCCAAAGCAGCUGGACAACAUCGCCCUCAAGGAGGAGCAAGAAGUUCUGGAGAAGUCGAUGGGGAGUCCACAGAGUAUGUCCAGCGCUGAGGAAGAGGAGGAGGAGGAAGACAACAACAACGACUCCCCUUCUUCCAAUUCCUCGCGGCCCCUGAAAGUGCGGAUUAAAACCAUCAAAACGUCUUGCGGCAGCAUCACCCGGACGGUGACCAGGGUCUCGUCAGACUCGGAGCCGGGCUCCACCAGGGGACCGGCCGAGCAGAGCUCUCAGGAGACUUCUCUUGAGGGCGCCAGCUUCUCGGCAUCGGCAGAGAAGGACGAAGGGAUCGCGCUGGAGGUCUCCAAGGAGAAAAUGGAGCUCUCCAGCCCCUUGAAAACCAUCGAGGGCCCAAAAAUCGUCAGUCUUCAGCUUGGCAACGGCACCAAGCUCAAAGGGACCGUCCUGCCCGUCUCCACCAUCCAGAACGCCAGCAGCGCCAUGCUGAUCGCUGCCAGCGUGGCUCAGCAAAAAUCCGUGGUGCUGCCGGCAAAGACGGGUAAAGCCAUGGCCAAGAACAUCAUCAAUCUGGUGCCGCAGACCCUGCCCAAGGCCGACACCAGGACCAACGUCAGCACCGUGACGCAGACCACCACCAUCACCACCACGGCCAACCAGAAAGUCAACGGCACCACAGUGGUGAUGGUGCAGCCGCAGAAGCCUUCCCCGACCAUCGCCGGGACGGUCAUUUCCCGCAGCCAGUCCAGCCUCGUGGAAGCCUUUAACAAGAUCCUCAACAGUAAGAACCUCUUGCCAACGUACAAACCCAACCUGAAUCCUCCGGCCGACGCGAGCCUCACCCUGCCCCCCUUCGGGUACCGCUGCCUGGAGUGCGGGGACUCCUUCGCCCUGGAGAAGAGCUUGGCUCGCCACUACGACCGGCGAAGCAUGCGCAUCGAGGUGACCUGCAACCACUGCACCAAGCGCCUCGUCUUCUUCAACAAGUGCAGUUUGCUCCUGCACGCCCGGGAGCACAAGGACAAAGGCCUGGUCAUGCAGUGCUCCCACCUGGUCAUGAGGCCGAUCGCUUUGGAUCAGAUGAUCGGCCAGCCGGACAUCACCCCCCUGGUCUCGGUGACCUCCUUCCCCGCUAGCAAAGUGGCCGGCGUGGCUCAGGACGCCUUGGCCGCGGCCAACGGGGCUCAGGACCUCCCCAUCCUGCCGCUGAGCAACAGCUCGGAGCAGACCAACUACAGCUGCUUCAGGUGCCUGGAGUGCAAAGAGCAAUGCAAAGACAAAGCCGGGCUGGCCGCGCAUUUCCAGCAGGCGGUGACCACGGGGACGACCAGCAGCACG